UGCACAAAAAGGAACAUCUCGCUUUCACAGCUGUCGAUACUCAUACAUCCUGAUAAAAACCCCGACGAUAGAGAUCGCGCCCAAAGUGCUUUUGAUGAACUAAGCAAAGCGUACAAACUGAUCAACGACGAGAAAGAGAUCGUCAAAGUAAAGGAAAUGAUUGAUGAAGGAAAAGCUUUAGCUGAACAGAAAUUGACAGAGAAACGUAAACAAGCGAAAAAAGAAGGAAAAAGUUCAAUCGAAGAAGACGAUCCGGACUUGUAUAAGAAGUUUGUUCGUAACACUACUGUUAAACUGUUCGCUGAUUAUGAGCUGAGAAGGAAACAUUUAAAUCAAAGAGAUGCUGUGGAAAGAAAACGACAGAGGGAGCAGGAGAUUAAAAUCGAAGAAGAUGCGAAAAAAUCAAAGGAAUGGGACAAAAAAUGGGAGGAAAGUCGUCAGGACCGCGUAAACAGUUGGAGAGAUUUCAAACAAGGCAAGAAAAAGACAAAGAAAACGAGCGGAGGGAAGUUACUGAAACCACCCAAACUCAAUCCAGAAAAGAGAUUAUAAGGCGCAAACUUUCUCCCGACCGACCACCAUGAAAUUGCCGCCUCGCGGUACAUUACGACAAAAUGAAUUUUGGUGAUUUCCUCUUCUUGUCAUACCGCCGUUUGACCUUUAAUGUAAAAUUUUACAUCUUAAUAAAGUUUUAAUGAGGGUUUCAAAUGUACGUUGGAAGCUGAUUGUGGAAAGUCAAGAUGAUGGUCCAAGUUUUAGAUUUAGCAGACUUGCUUCUGUUACGUUUUAAAAGACAAUGGCAAUUUCAAAUAAAGUAAACGUAUUUAUUACUUUAAUAUGGCAAUUAGAACGCAAAUCGAA